AGGAAAGUUUUCAUUUCUAAAAUAAAAAAAUGACAAAUAUGGUUCGAUGGCUCUUCUCUACUAACCACAAGGAUAUUGGGACUCUCUAUUUCAUCCUCGGUGCCAUUGCAGGAGUGAUGGGCACAUGCUUCUCCGUACUGAUUCGUAUGGAAUUAGCCCAACCCGACGAUCAAAUUCUUGGUGGGAAUCAUCAACUUUAUAAUGUUUUAAUAAUGGCUCACGCUUUUUUAAUGAUCUUUUUUAUGGUUAUGUCGGCGAUGAUAGGUGGAUUUGGUAAUUGGUUUGUUCCGAUUCUGAUAGGUGCACCUGACAUGGCAUUUCCACGAUUAAAUAAUAUAUCAUUCUGGUUUUUGCCACCAAGUCUCUUGCUCCUAUUAAGCUCAACCUUAGUAGAAGUGGGCAGCAGCACUGGGUGGACAGUCUAUCCGCCCUUAAGUGGUAUUACCAGCCGUUCUGGAGGAGCAGUUGAUUUAGCAAUUUUUAGUCUUCAUCUAUCAGGUAUUUCACCAAUUUUAGGAUCUAUCAAUUUUAUAACAACUAUCUUCAACAUGCGUGGACCUGGAAUGACUAUGCAUAGAUUACCACUUUUUGUGUGGUCCGUUCUAGUCACAACAUUCCUACUUUUAUUAUCACUUCCGGUACUGGCGAGGGCAAUUACAAUGUUAUUAACCGAUCAAAACUUUAAUACAACCUUUUUUGAUCCUGUAGGAGGGGGAGACCCAAUAUUAUACCAGCAUCUCUUUUGGUUCUUCGGUCAUCCAAAGGUGUAUAUUCUCAUUCUGCCUGGAUUUGGUAUUAUUAGUCAUAUCGUAUUGACCUUUUCAAGAAAACCGGUCUUCGGGUAUCUAGGCAUGGUUUAUGCCAUGAUAAGUAUAGGUGUUCUUGGAUUUCUAGUUUGGGCUCAUCAUAUGUUUACUGUGGGCUUAGACGUUGAUACUCGUGCCUACUUCACCGCAGGUACCAUGAUCAUAGCUGUGCCCAUAGGAAUCAAAAUCUUUAGUUGGAUUGGUACCAUGUGGGGAGGUUCGAUACAAUACAAAACACCCAUGCUAUUUGCUCUAGGGUUCAUCUUUUUGUUCACCAUAGGAGGGCUCACUGGAAUAGUUCUAGCAAACUCUGGGCUAGACAUUGCUCUACAUGAUACUUAUUAUGUGGUUGCACAUUUCCAUUAUGUACUUUCUAUGGGAGUCAUUUUUGCUUUAUUUGCUGGAUUUUACUAUUGGGUGGGUAAAAUCUUUGGUCGGACAUAUCCUGAAACUUUAGGCCAAAUCCACUUUUGGAUCACUUUUUUCAGGGUUAAUCUGACCUUCUUUCCCAUGCAUUUCUUAGGGCUUUCGGGAAUGCCACGUCGCAUUCCAGAUUAUCUAGAUGCUUACGCCAGAUGGAAUGCUUCGAGCAGUUUCGGUUCUUAUAUAUCCGUAGUUGGGACUCGUCGUUUCUUCGUAGUUGUCUCAAUCACUUCAAGAAGUGGAAAGAACCAAAAAUGUGCGGAAAGUCCUUGGGUUGUUGAACAGAAUCCAACCACACUAGAAUGGUUGGUACAAAGCCCUCCAUCCUUUCAUACUUUUGGAGAACUUCCUGCGGUAAAAGAGAUAAAAAGCUAA